AUGCGCUCGCCGGUCUUUAAGGCCGAACUCUACGGGCCAAUGAGGGACAAAUGUGAGCAAAGUAUAACCAUCAAAGAUAUGGAGCCUGCUGUUUUCAAAGCAUUGCUUCACUUCAUCUACUCAGAUGAGUUGCCUCCCAAUCCCAUGGACGACCUCAAUGAUGAUGACAAAGAAGAAAUGGUCAAGCAUUUGCUCGUGGCUGCGGACAGAUAUGGCAUGGAGAGGAUGAAGUUGAUGUGUGAGAGCAAACUUUGCAAGUUUCUUGAGGCCAGUAAUGUGGCGACCACGUUGGCUCUUGCUGACCAGCAUCAUUGCAGCAAGCUCAAAGAUGCUUGCAUUGGAUUUAUCAACUCUUUAGAUAGAGUGGAUGAUGUGAUGACUAGUACAGGGUAUCAGCACCUGAAAAUAGCAUGUCCUAGUGUCUUUGCUGAUAUGUGGGAGAAAGCUGCAAAGACUCGCAAAAUACAGUAG